AUGAAUCCCGAUGCGGAUCCUGCGGGGGGCGAUUCUGCAGGGGGUGAUCGCCCCGGGGGAGUUCCAGGGGAAAUUCCCCCUCGUUGUGACCCCCCCGACGGUGAAGCCAAAGACGCGCGUGUAAAUUCCCCUCUCCUGGAUGGCGGAACUGGGAGGAAGAAAAAGGGGAAAACCUCCAAAGGGGGGAAGAAAAAAAAACGAGAAAAAAAAGCGACAAUAGGGGAAGUCCCCUCAGGGGGGUCUUCACCCUCCACUUCGAGUGACGAGCAGGAACUAAGCGAAAGCGUCGAUGCAGAAGGGGUGAUCGGCUUCCUCUCCAAAGUAGGCGCAAAUAUAACCCACCUGUGCAAAAAUGACGAGCAAGUGAGCACCACAAAAAAGGAGAGUAAACACCUGAAGAGAGAACUCAAAAGGGUGCUAAAAUUCGUCAAGCGAAACGAACAAAAACGUAUGCAGAACGAAGAGCACAUAAAAGACCUAAAAGAAAAAAUAGAAAAGUAUGCCAUUCAAAAUAAAGAAAUUGCUAAAUGCUACGAAGAGAGGAAGAAAAGCAUCCAGCUUCUGCAGGGAGAAUCGGACAAACUUCAAAACCUAUUUGAUAGCAACCAGAAGAAGGAGGACAAGUGGAAUGCCGAGAGGGAGAACUACUUGGAAGAGAUAGAGUCCCUCAAAACGCAUAUAGAAGAGCUAGAAAUUAAAGUGGAAAAAAAGAACAACGAAAUUGAAGGGCUGAAGAGGGAAAACGAACACAUCCUCUUAAAAGUUGAUAACUUAGUAAAGAACAGCAAAGAAUUAAAAAAUGAAAAUCUCGAAAUGAGUGAAAAUCUCAACGGAGUGAAAAAAGAAAAUGUAAAGAAAAACAUCACGAUAGAUAAUUUGAAGAAAGAACUGGAGGAGAAAAAAAAACUCGACGAAGAGUACAACAAGGACAAGUUGCUCAUCGAGAAGAACACGGAAAUUUUGAUAGAGGAGAGGAACUACAUCAAUGAAGAGCUGAUCAAAACGCAGAAGCUGCUCGAAAAUCAAAUUAACAAAAAUAGAGACCUGCAAAAUUGCAAAGCCAACCUUCUCGAAAAAGCCGAUUUGAUGGAAAAAAAACAAAAAGAUCAUUUAAAAAAAAUUGCAGAUUUGGAAAAAAAGAUGGACGAUUUGAACAAAAAAAAUAAACUUCUCACCAAUGAAGCCAAAAUGAAGGAAAACGAAAUCGCCAACAACACCUCCGUCAUUAACGCCCUCACCAGUGGAAACUCCAAAAUGAAGGUCAAACUAGACCAGGAAUGCUUCAAAAUAAAACUAAUGCAGAAGGAAAACAAAGCGCUAACUAUUAAUGUCAAGUCACUCACCUAUGAAAUUCAAAAGCUACUCAAAGUGACCGAAGAAAUAAGAACCAAGUACCAAAACCAGAAGAAAGAAAUUAAUGACCUCAUUGUGGAGAAGGAACAAACCAAAAAGCUCAUCGAAAAAAUAGACGAUGGUAUUAAGAAAAGCACAGAGGCUGCUAAGAAGGACAAAAUGUUCAACAUCAAUCUUGAGAAAGAUAUUAAGAAAAGUUCAGAAGAAAAAAACAAACUAAAUGAAGAAAUUCAAUCCCUCGUUAAGCAGAAGGAGAAGCUAAUACAAGAGCUAUCGAACACUAGCAGUAAAGUUAUAAGCAGCACCAACGAGCUGAUUAAUAAAGACAGCAAAAUUGGGACCUACUUAAAAAUUAUAAAUUCUUUGAAAAAUGAUCUAGCUAAGGAGAAGGCUCUCUACGAAAAUAUAAAGAGCGAAAAAAUUAACACCAAUAAGAGUCUCACCGAAAUUAGAGAAAAACUGUCCACCCUCGAGGAGAGGCACAAAAUACAGAGCAACGAACUGGAGCAAAUAAAAAAUGAAAAAAAAAAUCUUGAAGCAAAAAUGGGGGACUCCAUGGAGGAGAAAAAAAAUGCCAUAAGUCAGUGCGAAAAGAUGAAGGAACAAAUUGAAAAAAUGAAAACUCAUCAGGAAGAUAGUAAAACAAAGCAACUGCAUGACAAAAAAACUAUAGACCAAUUAGACUUUGAAAUUAACGAUCUAAAUAGCAAAUUAAAAAACUACGAAAAGAGUGUCAGCCAAAACAAGAAGGAGAAAGAUCUCCUAAACAACGAAGUGAAGGAGAAAAAUGAACACAUUGCAACACUCAAGGAAAAGCUAAAGCUGCUGCAAAUCUCGCACGACAAACUAGACAUCGAUAGCAAAAAUCAACUGCAAGAAAUUAAAAAUUUGAAUAAAAAAGUAGCCAACUUGAAAAGCUCCUCUGAACUCUCCAAUGUCUCCAAGGAACAGCUAAACAGCACGAAGCUACAAAUUAAUUCGCUCAAAAAGGAACUAAUAAAUGAACAAAAUAAAGUCAAAACAUUAUCAGACGAAUUGGAAAAACCAAUUAACAUCCACCGGUGGAGAAACCUCGAGGGGAAUGACCCCACUGCCUUCGACCUGAUACAGAAACUUAAAUGCGUGCAAAAAAAACUUAUAGAAAAAACGGAGGAGUCCAUGAAGAAAAAUAGUAUAAUACAGCUCAAGACCAAGGAGUGCGAGCAGCUGCAGCAGCAGCUGGCCAACCUCUCCAAGCAGCCCGACGUGCAGGACGUCACGCAGAUACGCAAGAAGCUGCGCGAGAAGGAGACCCUCAUCAAGUCGCUCACGGCGGAGAUUUCGAUGUAUCAGGAGGAGACCGACAAGGUUAAGCGGCGAGGUUGA